UGAGGCAGGAAGAGGAGGAGGCCACAGAGGAAGCGUGGGUCACCCUCGCUCUUGCUGAGCGGGCGGGGCGGGGUCCUGCGCGCAGGUGAGCGGCGGGGCAGGGCGGGGCGCAGCUGCGUUUCGGUGCCUAGGCGCCACCGAGGCCACUCGCAGACACAGGCCACAGUCGUGCCCUAGGGAGACCGAGGCGCCCCCCGAGUCAUGGCCCACUCGGCCUGCGGGUUCUCAGUCGCACUGCUGGGGGCCCUGCUGCUGGGCACAGCACGCCUGCUGCGCGGGACAGCAUCUGAGAUUGCUCUGCCCCAGAGAAGUGGCGUCACAGUGAGCAUCAAGCUGGGGAACCCAGCCCUUCCUGUGAAAAUCUGCUACAUCGUCAUGUCUAGACAGCAUAUAACCGAGUUGAUUAUCAGACCUGGAGAAAGAAAGUCUUUUACCUUUAGCUGCAGCAAUCCAGAGAAGCACUUUGUCUUGAAGAUCGAGAAGAAUAUUGACUGCAUGUCAGGCCCGUGUCCUUUUGGGGAGGUUCAUCUUCAGCCAUCCACAUCAGAGCUACCCAUCCUCAACAGAACCUUCAUCUGGGAUGUUAGAGCUCAUAAGAGCAUUGGCUUGGAGCUGCAGUUCGCAACCCCUCGACUGAGGCAGAUUGGACCAGGCGAGAGCUGUGCAGACGGGGUGACUCACUCCAUCAGUGGCCAUAUAGAUGCCACUGAGGUCAGAAUUGGGACCUUCUGCAGUAAUGGCACCGUGUCCCGGAUCAAGAUGCAAGAGGGUGUGAAAAUGGCCUUACACCUGCCCUGGUUCCACCGCAGGAACGUCUCAGGCUUCAGUAUUGCAAAUCGGUCAUCUAUCAAACGCCUGUGCAUCAUCGAGUCAGUAUUUGAGGGUGAAGGCUCAGCAACUCUGAUGUCAGCCAACUACCCAGGAGGCUUCCCUGAAGAUGAGCUUAUGACCUGGCAGUUUGUUGUCCCCGCACACCUAAGGGCCAGUGUCUCCUUCCUCAACUUCAAUGUCUCCAACUGUGAGAGGAAGGAGGAACGCGUUGAAUACUAUAUCCCAGGCUCCACCACCAACCCAGAGGUGUUCAGGCUGGAGGACAAGCAGCCAGGAAACAUGGCUGGGAACUUCAACCUCUCCCUGCAAGGCUGCGACCAGGAUGCCCAGAGCCCAGGAAUCCUUCGGCUUCAGUUCCAGGUCCUGGUCCAACGUCCACAGGAUGAAAGCAAUAAAACCUACAUGGUGGACCUGAGUCGUGAGCGAACCAUGUCGCUCACCAUAGAGCCACGGCCAGUAAAACAUGGCCGCAGGUUUGUUCCUGGGUGCUUCGUGUGUCUAGAGUCUCGGACUUGUAGUACCAAUGUCACCCUGACAGCUGGCUCCAUACACAAGAUUUCCUUCCUGUGCGAUGACUUGACACGCCUGUGGGUGAAUGUGGAGAAAACCCUAAGUUGCCUGGACCACCGCUACUGCUAUAGGCAGUCCUUCAAACUGCAGGUGCCUGACUAUAUCCUCCAGCUGCCUGUACAGCUGCAUGACUUCUCCUGGAAGCUACUGGUGCCCAAGGACAAGCUCAGCCUUAUGCUGGUGCCAGGCCAGAAGCUGCAGCAGCAUACGCAAGAGAGGCCUUGUAACACCAGCUUCGGGUACCACGUGACCAGCACCACCCCUGGCCAGGACCUGUACUUUGGUUCCUUCUGCUCAGGAGGCUCCAUCGAGAAGAUCCAGGUGAAGCAAAAUAGCUCGGUGACACUGAGAGCCUAUGCUCCCAGCUUUCAACAAGAAGUCUCCAAGCAAGGCCUGAUAGUGUCCUAUACACCGUAUUUCAAAGAGGAAGGCAUCUUCACGGUGACCCCAGACACAAAAAACAAGGUCUACCUAAGAUCACCCAACUGGGACCGUGGCCUGCCUGCCCUCUCCUCAGUGUCUUGGAACAUCAGUGUGCCUAGCAACCAAGUGGCUUGUCUGACCGUCUUGAAAGAGCGUUCUGGCUUGGCCUGCCAGUCAGGGCGUGCAUUCAUGAUCAUCCAGGAGCAGCAGUCCCGGGCAGAGGAGAUCUUCAGCUUGGAGGAGGAAGUCCUGCCUAAGCCAAGUUUCCACCAUCACAGCUUCUGGGUUAACAUCUCCAAUUGCAGCCCCAUGAAUGGCAAGCAGCUAGAUUUGCUCUUCUGGGUGACUCUUACCCCGAGGACUGUAGAUUUGGCUGUCGUCAUUGGUGCAGCAGGAGGUGGAGCUCUGCUGCUGUUUGCCCUGGUACUCAUCAUCUGCUUCGUGAAAAAGAAGAAGAAGGUGGAUAAGGGUCCUGCUGUGGGUAUCUAUAAUGGCAAUGUCAAUACCCAGAUGCCCCAGACCCAAAAGUUCCCGAAAGGGCGAAAAGACAAUGACUCCCAUGUGUAUGCUGUCAUCGAAGACACCAUGGUGUAUGGGCACUUGCUGCAGGACUCGGGUGGAUCCUUCAUCCAACCAGAGGUGGACACCUACCGGCCCUUCCAGGGCCCCAUGGGAGACUGCCCUCCCACCCCACCCCCUCUAUUCUCCAGGACCCCAACUGCAAAGUUCACUGCAGAGGAGCUGGCUCCUAGUAGCCCUCCUGAGUCUGAGAGUGAACCUUACACUUUCUCGCAUCCCAACAAGGGGGAGAUUGGUGUUAGGGAGACUGACAUCCCCUUACUCCAUACCCAAGGACCAGUGGAGACUGAAGAGUAACUUGGCCCCAUUCCAAAGACUUUGCUGAGAUGCAUGGCACCAGACAUUGAGACAUGAAGAACUGUCCCAUCAAGAAGUCAGAGGGAAGCCCAAUCAGCUAGAAGGAAGAGUAGCUUUUGCAAGGUGCCAUCAAAUCUUGAUCUUCUGGUGGACUGCUUCCAGUGAUGGGCAAAUCAUGACUUCUAUGAGGAUGCCAUCCUAAAGCUCAGGCCUUCCUGAACUCGGGUUGUGUUGAGGCUGGCCACAGGGACAGAAGAGAGACACGGUCCACCCAGACAAGACUACAAUGAGCCCUGGAGUUCUGGAUUCCCGAUGACGAGCAGAGACUUGGAUGAUUCCCAGGAGCUCCACUUGAGGUCUCUGCUCUCACUGGAGACCUAUGGAUGAAAAUGGCAAUGUGCUUUUUUUAAAAUUAGUUGUAGUAGUAGUAGUAGUAGUAGUAGUAGUAGUAGUAGUAUUUAUUUGGUGGCCCUGUAUGUUUUAAAAAAGUUGGAUGUGGAGCUGAGGGUGUAGCCAAGUUGGUAGAAUGCUUGCCCAACGUGUGCAAAGCUCUGGGCUCCAUCCUGCAUAAAAGCAGGCAGGAUGGUGCACACCUGUAGUCUCGGGAAGAUCAGAAUUUCAAGUCACCAUCAAGUAUGCAGUGAAUUGAAGGCCCCCUGGUCUGUGUAAGGUCCUCUUGAGAACACGCACAGCUCUUUUGACCCCUGUGGUAACGGCUCGUGCUAACUGGUUUGGACAGCUGUGCUUUGGUUUUUGUAGACCUCUAGAUAAAUGUACACCUGCGGGGAAGGUGAGAACCCAGCCAGAAGAGUAUCUGCAUGUAUGUAUCUCUUACUCAAUAAGGGGUUUCCCAAUCCUCCUUGACUGCCUAUAGCUGUCCCACUGCAGAAUUUAUCACAGAUCUCCUCGUCCCCUACUCCUAAAAAUAAGAGAAAGUUCCUUGAGCUGCCUUGUGUGGUAUGUGGCUCUCCCACCUGCAGCAAUACUUUGACAUGUAAACAGAAAAUUGAGAAUAACUUGAUCCCUUAAAAAUAUAUAAAUAUAGGCAGUGUUGGUACAUGCCUUUAAUUCCAGAACUUGGGAGACAGAGGCAGGCAUAUCCUGGUGAGUUUGAGGCCAAUCUGGACUAUAUAGUGAGUUCUAGGACAGCCAGGGCUACACACAGAAAUCCAGCUACACAGAGAAACCCUUUCUUGAUAAAACAAAACAAAACAACAAGAAGGAAAAAAAGAAAUACUGUAGUACACACACAUACCAGACAGUGGCCAUCUGUAUCAAUUUCAUGCCAUCACUGCAGCACAUCCUUUGGUGGAUUGAAAACUGUAUCAAUACAGUUCUGGAGAUUAGAAUUCCCAAACUAGCUUGACUGAACUAAAAUCAGGGUGUUGUUUCAGCUGUGCUUCCAAAGCUCUCAGGAUUUCCUUGCCCUUCCCAGCAUCUAGAAGCAUCCAUGGCUGGGCAAGUCUGUCUUGGUAUGGCUGGUCACUGAUUGAACUACUUGCUACUUUCAUUUGCAGAUCCAGUGUAGUUCACAUAUCAACAGCCUUAACUUAACCACUCAGGAAAAGUCCCUUUACUGUGUUUCAGGCACAGCAUCCACUGGCUGGAAGGUGUGAGCAUCUCUGAGGGUAAGAGAACAUUGUUCUGCCUCUCCCAUCCUCCUGCUGCUGGUACUCAAAGGAGAUCAUACAAAAUCACCCAGUCUAUAAAGUGUUUGGUUUAGCUUAUAUAUUUUUUAAGUUAAUUUUUUUCCCCUAACAACCCAGCUCAGAGGACUUGUUUGUGCUGGAUGCAUAUCCUUGACCAGAGAUGCCCAGCUAAAGUGAGUCAUGGGUAGCUCUGGCCCUCAGAUAGGACAUCCAGGGUAACCCAUCCUGCCUUGUUGCCUCUACUCUGUGGCUGUGUGCUUGUGGCUUAAAUUGACACAAUUUUAUGAAAGGCAAAGGAGGCGCUUCCAACACUUACAGAGUGAGGAGACUGCGAAAGUUCCUCCUGCCAUGAUGUAGAGGGAAAGCCACAGUAGUUCAGGACUCUGGUAAACCUUCUCUAGGAAAUACGUGUGGUUCAUGAUUCUCAGGGAACUGACCUUGGAUGCUACAUCUUGCCCACGCAGCCUCAGACAGAGCUCCUGGCCCUCUUGAGCCAUUUCCAAGAAGGAGAGGGUUCACUUUUUAAUCAUACCCUGGGGGAUGUUUUCUUUUCUUUCCGAAAACUUUCCUUUAACUCCUUUCCAGGAGAGAAGGUUGUCUCCUACCCAGCUACCCAAGGUGCUGAUGGCCCUCUGUGAGGGUAGGGUCAGGGACAGCUGUGGCUCCUUGCUUCACCUGAAAUCACCAUGCUGAGCAGGGGCCCUGUAUGCUUCCUCCCCGAUGCCUUCUCCCUUCAAGUGCCCCUUGAGGAGACCGUCAGUCUCACGUGUUGGUUCUUACUGUGUGUCAGCCCCGUACCCUUCUACCUUGGUUCUGCUAACCUUGCAUCUAUUGGCUGGGCCUGUAGCUGUGUACAGAAGGAAGAGGUUGACUCUUCCAUGGGGACAAGCCAAAGUCCAACAGCUGUAACCUCAGUACAGGUUGGAGGACCAGUCUGUGGAUCUGCAAAGCAUAUAUGAAAAUUAUUUAUUUAAUGACAGAUAACAUCUUAUUCAUUUACUUUUAUAAAUAAACAAAUAUACCAGAUAAAUGCAUGUUCAUUUGUUUAA